AUUCGAUAACUCAACGAAGCAAUGAUGAAUCACCACUCUGUCCUGGAGCUAUCAUCAUCGAAAAUAAUCACGACGGUGAAACUAUCCUUCGACCUGGUCGUAAAAGGAAUUUACCAAUGAAUGCCAGUGAUCCAGAUCAAUGGAAAGAAGAUCCUGUCAUUGGGAAUCCCAAUGAAAAUGUUGACAAUGACACAAAUGGCAUACGAUCACAGUGUAUGAGUUAUAUGACACAGAGACAAUUCUACGGGGAACAGACACUAACUCAACAUCAGUCUGUUCUACAUCGAAGUUUGGCGGAAUGUUUGAAACGUUUGUGUAAACAGAUGGAAAGAGAUUGUAUGCCGAAUACUUCUAGUGUUAUUAUGCCUUCUCAAGCACUGGACUUGAGUAUGUCAUCAACAAUGAAGUCAACGGAUAAUCUUCCUAUGAAUCAGAUGCUGGAGGCAAGCGGAAUGCCACUGAAGAACUUAUCACCAUCAUCAUCCUCAAGCACAACAUCUUUAUCUUCGACUUCUCCGUUAACAUCUAUAGGUUCAAAUAACAUUUCACAGACUUGUGUCAAUAUCAAUGAUAGUUUGGGACAAAAUAUACCAUUAUGUCAUCAAUUUGAACAUAUUCGUUCAGAUAAUAUUGGAACUAUUCUACCUUGUGUUACAAGUAAAACUGAUACAUUGCAAAAUUUGCCAUUGAUUAUGUCACAAAUGAAUUCAAGCUCAGCGUCAUUGAAGCAUAUACAAUCUCAUGACAAUUUAACAAGUUCAACCCUUUUAUUCCCCAGUCUGUCUUCCAAUCAGUUCAAUUUACCAACCCUAACACCAACAGCUACAACAGCUACAUCCAAACCACCAUCUUUACCAGAGACGGAUAUUUUUGCAAAACUCUCUGAUGCAUUUUAUUCCCAACGAAAUAGUGGUGGUGGUGGUGCCUAUGAUCAGUCGUCUCUGAUGAACAGCGUGUUGAAUCCAUCCGAUCUGAUUUGGAAUUAUGCAGCUAACUAUGCACUACACUGUCCACCGAAUAACUUGAACCAGAAUUUAUUAAACGAAAGCAAGAAAGAGGAUACAUCCACGUGUACAUCUCCUGAGUCAGCAUCAAAAGAUUUUGAUAGUGAAACGUCUUUAAAGCAUGAUUCUAUUGACACAGAACAUUUAGAAUCAAAAGCAAAUGGACUCUGGUUAACUGAAUCCGAUUUACACUCCCUACCAAAUCUUGUUGAAGCCAUUAAAAAGUUCCAUUCAAAUGAUGAAUGUGGUUAUGAAGCAUGUCGUGCAUCCAGACUGAGAGAACAUUAUCAUUGUGGUGUGUGUAAUAAGAUUCUUUUACGACGUGAAGAAAUGAUACGACAUGCUAAAUGGCAUAGAAAACGUGAAGAGAGUAUGCAGUAUGGAUUUAUGCGUUAUAGUCCAUGUGAUGAUUGUACAAUUGCCGCUUGUCCGCAUAAUGGACGUCAAACGCAUUAUCAUUGUAUGCAAACAAACUGUGACAAGGUUUAUAUCAGUACAUCAGAUGUCCAGAUGCAUGCAAAUUAUCAUCGUAAAGAUGCUGUUAUUAUUCAAGAAGGUUUUCAACGAUUUCGUGCAACAGAAAAUUGUGGUAUAGCCAGUUGUCCAUUCAGUAAAGAGCAUACAACACAUUUUCAUUGUCGACGUAAUAAUUGUCAUUUUACGUUUAAAAAUAAAGCUGACAUGGAGAAGCAUAAAUUACAUCAUCAAAAAAAUGAUCGAUAUGCUCAGGAUGGAUUUCGUCGAUAUAUAAAGUGUGAAAAUUGUGACUUUCCAGAAUGUCAGUACUCUGGUGUUAUCAAUCAUAUUCAUUGUAUACGACCAGGAUGUGACUAUGUGAUUCAUUCGUCCAGUCAAAUUCUCUCGCAUAAACGAAAACACGACAGACGCUUCACCUCUUUCUCACCUAGACACCUAAGCACUGUAUGUCGUGACGAUUUGAGUCAAACAUUUUCAUCGAUCAAUCAAGAUCAAGAAACAGAUUCCGACGGUGUGAUGACCACGACCACGGCGAUGGCGACAGCGACGGCGACAAAUGUAAUUGGAGGUGGCAACGACACUGACUGUAAUAGUUCUAUAACCUCGCCUGUUACUGACACACCUGAAAUCAAUGGGAAUUCAAAGCAUUCUGUGGAAAACACUAAAAAAUUCGCCGAAAACUGUGAAAUUCCCGUACUUCAGCAUAAUAACUCAAAUAUGGAAUUCUCUCCCAGUAAACUGUUUCAUCCGUAUGAUGAUUUAGACUUCAAUAUGACUGAACCAAUUUCAAUUACAAAUUUGCUAAGUCAAGUUUCAAAACUUGUUGGUCUGUGUAUUUGUCGACGUCAGAAUUGUGCUGAUGGGUCAUUUUAUGAUUCUGAUGGAGAUGUCAAUGGAAAGUGUAUAAGCAAAGAUCAGGAGAAUACGCCAAUCUGUACAAAAAUUGAUAAAAUUCUUAAAACUUUACACCAAUCAUAUAAUCAACAUUCGAAUGAAUGUUUCUGGCCUGGAUGUCCUUCAAAAAGUGGUAAAAAUGAUGCUAAAUUGCUCGGAGAUGCGCCACCGAAAUCCCUGUGUAAAUAUUGGUUAUCACAUUUAUGGGAAGCUUGCCUUUCAUUCUUUGCCUAUGUAGAAUGUGAUCGACCCAACUGUCCAAUGAAAUCUAUGCCCAAUCAUAUUCAUUGUCGUUUUUGGCCAAAAUGCAACUUUACCAACCCUUCAGGUUAUUCAAAUUUUCAAGUACUGUAUGAACACCUACUCCUACACGAUGAACAUUUCACCUCGAAAUUAAACUAUCCAGCAUGUAUUCAAAAUGAAUCCAUUUGUAAUCUAGCCCUGAACACAUCGUACAACUUUAUAAAUCCAAGACGUAGAGGUCGACCACCAAAAUAUGCAAAAUACAUUCAUGUGCCUCAUCUAAAUCCACCAGAGAAUUUAAGAACCACUGAUGACUACAGCAAAGAUUUAUCCUAUUCCAUGUUUUUCAGUCAACCGGAGGACAGCAAACCCGACAGUGUUGAUCAGUGCCAGACAAACACUCGAAUUGUUAGUGACUGUGAUCAGUUUAAGCAUAUUCAACUGGGUGUUAAAUUAUUUCUCACCGGUGAAAUUUGUCCCGAUAGUAAUUGUCCGUAUUUUUCAACACGUAAAGAACACUAUCAUUGUGUUAAACCAAGAUGUUAUACAGCCAGUGAUAGUCUGGAUGUGAUGAAUACUCAUCGACGAGAAUUUCAUCAGUAUACAAGUAUUGAACAAGGUUUUGAAUACUUCGACACAAGUAUUGAUUGUCGACGACCUAUAUGUCAUAAUAAUAAAGUACAUAGACACUUUCAUUGUAUUUAUCCAAAUUGUGAUUAUACAUUUGUUCGUGCUAGUACAAUGCAACAACAUGCUAAGAAACAUACAGAGAAUUUGAAAUCUACUCAAUCUGUCUCCGCUAAACACCAUAGUAUCACAAAUCUUACAAUGAGAAAUGUUCCGAGUGAUGAUAUACCUUCAGGUAAAGUGGUACUGUCAGAAACAGACAGUCGAAUGAGUAAUAAAGUCGCUGACGCACAGUCAAAUUCACAUAAUGCUACAAAGCUGGAUCCUGUUGUUCCACUUCUUCCAUUGGGUCUAAAUCCAGAACAAUUCCCUGUUAUCCUACCUAGUAAUCAGAACACCGUCAUCAACAACAAUAACAGCAACAACUCGUCGGAGGAUCAUUUAAAAAAGCCUACUCUUGAUGACCUUUCACAGCCUAUAGAAUGUACAGAGAAUGGCUUAUUACCCGGUUUACUUCCUAUAUGGGCUGCAGCAAUGGCAUCAGCCGCCGCUGCUACUUCUGCUAUCACGACAGGAUCAAGUUGUGAUCUAACUUCAAAAGUUGAUUAUGGUUCUAUGAUGUUAAAUGGAUGUAUGCCUGAUAUCCCUUGUAUCAGUCAGCCUUUUAAUCAAUCAAUAAAGUUGUGUAUACCUUCAGAGAGUCAUUUACCUGUGACUACAAGACAAAACAGUGUUCAAGUAUGACUAAUCUUCAGUACAAGGACAAAGAAACAGAUAUAACCCGGUUGGAUGUUCCUCUCGCUUCCCACUUCGCUUCUUCUUCCUCUCCUACUUCAAGUUUGAAAUAACCUACUCUAAAACUGAAGGCACAAGAUGUGUCACAUGAAGCUGGAACAAACUGCAGUAUUAUUUUGUCGCGUAACACUAUUAUCUUACUGUAAUAUAGGGUAAGAAUAAAUUAAAAAUUAAAAAUGUGGUGCUCCCAGUAUAGCCUUAAAAAAUAUACAACAUUUAAUAGCUACACAAAUAAACUGACUACUCUCUUUAGCAAAAAUCUUCAGAAAUGAAAAAUGAAUUUUCUACAUUUUACCUAAGUGGCCUUAUCAAUACAGUUCUUCGUGCUUUCCUUUUUGUAAACACUCUCAUUGUGCCUUUUUCCAUUAAAAGUAACAUAAAACAAGCCAAACAGGCUAUAUGCUUUGGCUGUUAAUGAUUAUUUAUUGAACUUUGAUAAAAAGCAUUUCACUGCCUUCAUUGUUCCCUCUAAUUUUUCUUCUCAUCGUUAUGCUCAUUUCUGCAAAAUAUUUUCAAAAGAUAUUUUAGCUACUUAUUUAUUAAAUAGUAGUAUAAAAUAAAAAUGCAUAAAAUUUGGAUUCAAAUGUCGUCUUCCAGUGAAUAAAUUAUUGUAUACUUACCACAUCACUUUUUAACCAUGAUUUCUUCUAAUGUAAAUCUCUUUUUAUAAUAACCGGUUGUAAGUUGCCUUAUUCUUUUGUUUUUCGAUUUCACACUCUAUUUGUAAAAAUCAACUGACUUUAAGCAAAACGUAUGAUAUUUAUGAACCCCUUGAACUUUGUAAAUUGUAAAAUAACAGGUAACUUACUUUAUUUAAAACCUUUACAAAAACACGUCAUCCAUAGAUCCUACUCAGUUACUUGAAAGAUUUCCAUACGGACGAAUAAAACAUCCUUUGUGGAUAGUUUGAAGUGACUCUUUACCCCGCCUUUUUAUUUUAUUUUAACUUAUUUCAACUUUUGUAAUGUAUCGCUUUAUAAAUUUUCCAUC